ACUAAAUGGCAGAGAAAGAACAGUUCAAUGGCUGCCGCCCCAAACAUGCCGCAGAAGCGUCGAAAGAAAAUGUCGCUGAAACCGAACGGAAAACGAUGACGCCAUGGGAGCAGCACUCGGCUGUCAUAAGCAUCCCUCGGUUCGACUACAAUGCACCAUCUGCGCUUCUUCACCAUCGCCAGUCGGGAUUCCUCAUCACAUGCGCUAUCAAGAGGGAGAAGAGUGCCACAAAAGAAGCUAUCUCCAUCCUUGAAAAGUAUAGUCAGUACUUCAGUAAUUCCACGCCAGAAACUUCGGAGAGUUCUGAUGAAAAUGAAACUUCUAAAAGGAGGAAAGUUUGUACAGAGGACAUUGAUUACAAAAGUGUUGAAGAUGAGGGAAGGAGUACUGGUGAGAGUGAAUAUGGUGGACCUAAAUAUGAACAUGUUAAUGGAACUUCUACGAUCUCUACGAGCAGUGGAGCAAAAGUAGAGAAAUGUUCUCCUAUUUCACUAGUGAAGCUGACACGGAGUGGUCUGCUUUUACUUACCUUUGCCAAGGAUAUCUCUCCGGAUACUGUUUAUAUUGUCUCAGACUUAAUUCAGUCUCUGGAAGCAGGGACUUUGAAGUCACCCACUUGGUGUCAUCGCAUAUUCCCCAUUCAAUCUACCUGUUGUUUGAAUGAAAAUGAUCUCCGGGGAGUUGUGUCAAAGCUCGUUCUUCAGUUCAUGAAAGAUAAAGGAAACAGUCUUUCACACCCUGUAAAGUUUGCAGUAGGGUACAACAGAAGAGGAAUUGAAGAGACUGAGAUGAAGACUUCCAAGGAUAGUUCUGGUGCUAUUGUUAUGGGUCGCGAUAAAUGCUUUAGUGCCGUGGCUGCUGCUGUUAAAGAUGUUGUCUCGAAUGCCAUUGUGGAUCUGAAAUCUCCAGAGCUCUGCAUCCUUAUUGAGCUGCUUCCCCUUUCUGGGUUGCCUCUUGAAUCAUUGGUAGUUGGGGUGUCGGUUCUUCCAAGCAAUCUUGUUACUACGAAGCCUCGACUUUGUAUCAAAGCUUUGACUUCAGAUCCCAAGGCAAAGAGUUGAAGGCAUAAAUCAAAGUUUUCAAAGGGAAAAUACUAGACUGUUAAAUCUCACGAAUGGAUUAGGUUGGAAAACUUCAUCAGUUAUGGAACAAAUGCUAGACUGCAGAUUUAGAAAAAAGAGGACGAUUUGUCUCAAUCAGCUCAAUGCAGUGAGUAUUAUUAACUUUGAUUGAGAUUAUCCUUAUUAGAUUUGCCUCAAUGUAAAGAGCACUUGAAGAACUGACCAUUACGUCUCGAUGAGUUGUGUUUAAAUCCCUUUAAUUAUGGAAGGGUUAGAACACUUAUAAAUCAUAAUGUAAUUUUUUGGGCAA